AUGGUUGACUUUUCAUUUGAUUUGUACCCAUGGGAUAUUUCAACACUUCAAGUUUUUACCUUGGUUUCGUUGAUCUGUGGUCUGGUUUUUUUUGCUGCAAAAGUAAAUAAAACUGUUUAUUCAUACUUGGUGUUUUUUUGGGCUGCAUUUAUUAACCCUUUAAUAUUGAAGAAAACAGUUAAAAAGGGGGGUAAAGCUAACCAACAAAACAAUCUUGAGUUAUUUUACAAAACUCAGGCUCAUAUCUACGAUGUUACCAGAACUUCAUUGUUAAAAGGCAGAAAAGAAUGUCUUGAAUUGGCGAUUUCACAUUUGCCAAAAAAGAAGGAUAUAGUAUGGUUUGAUAUUGGAGGUGGUACUGGCUCAAAUAUUGAGUAUAUGGAUAAAGUUAGUAGUAUUGCCAAAAAUUUCAAAGCAGUUUAUUUAAUUGAUCUUUCUCCAUCCUUGUGUGAAAUCGCUAGAAAGAGAAUUGAUAGUCAUCAAUGGACCAAUGUACACGUUAUCAUUGCUGAUGCUUGUGACUUCACUGUUGACCACAAGACUGCUGAUUUGAUUACUUUUUCUUAUUCAUUAUCAAUGAUUCCAGCCUUCAAUGCCGCCGUUGAUAAUGCAGUUUCUAAAUUGGAUAAACAAGGUAUCAUUGCUGCUGUUGAUUUUGGUAUUCAGAGCAAUGCCACAAGUUUGGGAAGAAUCAAUACCGUUGGAGGGCUAGUUAAUAGAAACAUUCCAUGGAUUUUGCGUAAUUUCUGGAGAAUUUGGUUUGAAACAGAUCACGUAUUCUUAGAUUCUUCAAGAAGAAACUAUUUGGAGUACAAGUUUGGUACUCUAAAAUCAUUUAAUGAUUACAACAAGAGAAUGGGCAAAAUUCCAUACUAUACCUGGAUCGGUUGUGACAAAUCAAGAUCUUCUACUAUCUUGAAUAGACUAAAUUCUUUAGCUACCGAGUCUCCAUACCUUGCACCAAUCACCACACCAAUCAGUACUCAAUUAUUGAAAACACCAAUUUCAAAAGGUCAUGAAGCUGCACUUACCAAUUUGCAAAAAAACCUACCAUUUCCUUCGAUGUACUAUCAAAAGGAAGUUUGGAGAGUUUAUUAUGAUGAAUUGAACCCUUUGUAUGAACAGUUCAAAAACCAAUACAUCUAUGCAUUUACGUGGGAGGAUCCAAGAGAAGAUAACAAGAUUUUGAAAUUUUCAAGUAAUGAUACGGUUUUGGCAAUUACAUCAGCUGGCGACAAUAUCUUGAGCUAUGCAGCAUUACCAGACCCACCAAGAAGAAUUCACGCAGUCGACUUGAACCCAUUCCAAAACCAUUUACUCGAAUUGAAAUUGGCUUGUUUCAGAGUUCUUGAUCAAGAAGAUAUUUGGAAAAUGUUUGGUGAGGGGCGCAUUGACAAUUUCAGAAAGAUAUUGAUUAACCAAUUGGCUUCUCAUAUGUCAUCGCAUGCUUUCCAAUACUGGAUGGACAAAGGUCCAAAAGCUUUCAGCGGUAAAGGUCUUUAUGACACUGGAUCAACUAGAUGGGCCUUGAGGAUUAGUAGAAUGAUUUUUAAAAUGUGUGGCGUUUCUAAUUACGUCACGGCUUUGUGUACUGCGACCACAAUCGAGGAACAAAAAAGAAUUUGGAGAGACCAUUUGAAACCAAAAAUGUUCAAUCCUGUUGUUGGCUCUUUGUUGAUUGGUAAUCCGAUUUUCCUUUGGAAAGCAUUGGGUGUUCCUGUCAACCAGGCCAAUAUGAUGGGUCCAUCCGUUUUGAACUAUGUCAUUGAUACUUUGGAGCCAUUAAUUGAAAGAUCGUUAAUUAAAGAUGACAACUACUUUUACUAUUUGUGUUUGACGGGCUCUUACAUAAGAACCAAUUGUCCGGAUUACUUAACGACAAAGGGUUACAAGAGGUUAACUGGACAGAGGUCAGUUAGCGGAGACAUACCAAUUGACAACAUUCGUAUACAUACCGACACUUUGAACGACGUGUUUGCCAGAUUAUCCUCCAAAUCAAUAACCAUUGCUAUUAUAAUGGACCAUAUGGAUUGGUUUGACCCAAAUGGUAAAGACGCCAUUAAUGAAAUUAGCGCAGUUAAGAAAUGUCUUGCCAACGGAGGUAGAGUCAUGUUGAGAUCUGCUUCGAAGCAUCCUUGGUAUAUUGAUACUUUCCAAGAAAUGGGCUUUGAUUGUCACCCAGCAGCUGUUAGAGAAAGCGGUACAAGUAUUGAUAGAACUAAUAUGUAUGCAUCAACAUGGGUAUGCACAAAACGUGAAAUUAAAGGAGAGAGUGUAGUUGUGGAAGAAGGAGAAGUAAGCGAUGAAGAGGAGUUCAUUGCAAACUCCACUGAUUUAAAUCAAUUGGAUGCUAGUCGUCGUAGGAUGAGCAGUUUGAAGAUCUAG